UUUCCGCGCGACCUCUGUCUGUUCAGUUCACUUCAAUUCCCAAGACCUACCUUGCGAGAUAAUUCUCUCGCAUAUCCCAUUUACCACUGAACUUCCGGUUUACUUCCCAAAGAACUCAACACAAACCGCCAAAUUUCUUAUUCUCUCCUUCUCGAGUCCCACGAAUACCUGGGUUGUGUCAACACAAUGGCCGCAGAAUCCCAUGCCGCUGCCGAGCUGGAGCUCAAGGACAACACGGUCAUCGUGGUCCUUGGUGCCUCCGGUGAUUUGGCCAAGAAGAAGACCUAUCCCGCGCUUUUCGGACUCUACCGGAACCAAUUUCUCCCCAAGGACAUCAAGAUUGUUGGAUAUGCCAGGACAAAGAUGGACCACGAAGAGUACAUUAGGAGGAUCAGGUCGUACAUUAAGACGCCCACCAAGGACAUGGAGCAACAGCUCGAUGAUUUCUGCUCGCUCUGCACCUACGUAGCGGGCCAGUAUGACAAGGACGAGUCUUUUUACAACCUGAACGACCACCUCGAGGACCUCGAGAAGAACCAGAGUGAGGCCCACAGGCUUUUCUACAUGGCGCUCCCGCCCAGCGUCUUCACAAUCGUGUCGCAGCACCUGAAGAGAUGCUGCUACCCCACCAGGGGAAUUGCUCGCGUCAUUGUCGAAAAGCCUUUCGGCAAGGACCUGGCCAGCUCCCGCGAGCUCCAGAAGUCCCUGGAGCCAGACUGGAAGGAAGAUGAGCUGUUCCGCAUUGACCAUUACCUGGGCAAGGAGAUGGUCAAGAACAUCCUCAUUCUUCGCUUCGGAAACUCUUUCUUGGGUGCAACAUGGAACCGUCACCACAUCGACAACGUUCAGAUCACAUUCAAGGAACCAUUCGGCACCGAAGGUCGCGGUGGUUACUUUGACGAGUUCGGCAUCAUUCGUGACGUAAUGCAGAACCACUUGCUGCAGGUUCUGACACUGUUGGCCAUGGAGCGGCCAAUUUCAUUCUCCUCUGAAGACAUCCGUGACGAGAAGGUUCGCGUUCUCCGUGCCAUCCCUGCCAUCGAGCCCAAGAAUGUCAUCAUCGGCCAGUACGGAAGGUCCCUUGACGGAAGCAAGCCGUCUUACAAGGAGGACGACACAGUGCCUAAGGAGUCGAGAUGCCCGACUUUCUGCGCGUUGGUGGCUUACAUCAAGAACGAGCGGUGGGAUGGCGUUCCCUUCAUUAUGAAGGCAGGAAAGGCCUUGAACGAGCAGAAGACGGAGAUUCGUAUCCAGUUCAAGGAUGUCACGUCUGGUAUUUUCAAGGAUAUUCCCCGCAACGAGCUCGUCAUGCGUAUCCAGCCCAACGAGAGUGUCUACAUCAAGAUGAACUCGAAGCUGCCCGGACUCAGCAUGCAGACGGUGGUUACGGAGCUAGACCUGACUUACCGCCGUCGCUUCUCUGAUCUGAAGAUUCCCGAGGCUUACGAAUCAUUGAUUCUGGACUGCUUGAAGGGUGAUCACUCCAACUUCGUUCGAGACGACGAGCUCGACGCCAGCUGGAGAAUCUUCACACCCCUGCUGCACUAUCUUGACGAUAACAAGGAGAUUGUGCCCAUGGAGUACCCCUACGGCUCACGAGGACCUGCCGUUCUCGACGAUUUUACCGCGUCCUAUGGCUACAAAUUCAGCGACGCAGCUGGUUACCAGUGGCCUACCACUAGCGCGGCGAUGCACCCUAACAAGUUCUGAGGUGGGAACUCUGCAAACAUGAGGCACCUCCCAUGACAUGAAAGACGAGCUCAACAAUGGGAUGAAUAAUUAGAGUAUCUUUCGACGCAUGGGUAGUGACUAGAUCUAGUCGAGGUAGGAGACUGCAGAAUGCUCCUCCCACCAGCUUGCCCUUGUAGGCUUGCAAUCUGUGCACGAACGUGGCAUUAUUUCGAUACGACUGUUUGCAACGUUAUUUGGGAACUGGCUGAUUCAGGAGGAUAGAAAUACAAGGAACGGAUGGGCAAGGCAAGCCAAAUUUUUCGAAUUUUAGCACAGAGUUUACGUAUCUAGAUGCCUAACGAAAAAGUUAUAUCACCACAAA